ACCAUUGUACAAAGAUUCUGAACAUUUGCCCUAAUUUUAAACGAGUAUAAUAAACACCAAUAUUGGAACAAGUGUUAGAAUUGCAAUAGCAAAUUACCGACCACUACUGAUUUUUUAAAUCUCUAGCUGGCGAUUGUCAACUAAUCAGCUGUUCGCUGUAGGAAAAACAAAAGUUUGAGUUGCGGUUAAUUUGUCCAAAUAAAUCUUUUUCGUUUACAAAUUAUUCCUAUUAGAUUUUCAACGAUAUUUGAGCACAGUAUGGCAUAGGAAGUGAAUUGUUCGAUAACUGGGAAAAUAUGCAGGCCAAAAUGUACGGCCGGUUGCCAAAAUGAAAAAAUAAAAAUUGUUUUAUACUGUGAUCAUUUGUGUGUCUGCUUGUAAUGCAAAUACGCGAUUUCGACUGAACAAACCAAAGUUAUUGGCACCGGAAAUUAUUCCCUGGCCUAGCGAGAUAAGCACGCCUCAAUACUCGCGCGUAUUUGUUAUUAGUAAUUGAACAAAUAAUACCGAUCGAGUUGCUGUGGCGCAUAUGUAGCUCAAAUGAAAAACAGAGGGAUAUCUAUAAAUUGUGUAAAAUUUGACAAGAACUAUAAAUAAGUUUCUUGCAUUCUUAAAAUGGGCAUUUGGAGGCAUUUUAAAGGCAGAAAUUUUCCCUUCGCUAAGCGGGUGCUUCUCCUUCUAACGCUACUUGUUGGCUUUGCUAUAACUUGGCUCAUAAAUACAUCUUCAUUUCACAUCUGGGCACGCAAGAAAUAUGCGCCGAAUCCCGAUAGCUCGCCAUGUGUAGUACUCUGGUGGACUGACAAUGGAUUGGGAAAAUAUGAGCCGCGUCCAAUUUUGUGCGGCUACAACGCAUGUUUUUCGACUGGCGAUCGACGAUAUCUAUCAAGAGCCAAGGCGAUACUCUUUUAUGGCAGCAAUGUGCAGUGGAAUGACUUGCCACUACCUCGUAAGCCAGGCCAGAUCUGGGCGUUAUUGCAUGAGGAGUCUCCGCGCAAUGUACCAGUGUUUAUGUAUGAGGAUAUUAUACAACAUUUUAACUACACAUCGACAUUUAGUCGCUAUAGCGAUUUUCGAUUGACAACACGAGAACUGCCCAGUUUACAAGCAAUUGUUGAUCCACGUUUUGUAGUGCCGCUCGGAAGAAAAAAUGUUGCGCGUGCUAAUUUAGCUCCGGCGAUUUUUCUACAAUCAGACUGCCUCACGAUGUCGGCAAGAACAGAUUAUGUUGUGGAACUGAUGAAGUAUUUGUCAAUAGAUUCGUAUGGAGAUUGUUUGAAAAAUCGAGAGAUCCCAGAGAGUUUACAAACAGAUUUUCUUAAUCAUUUGUACUCAAAUAGUAUUAAACGCUUUAUCGGACAAUAUAAAUUCAUGAUCAGUAUUGAAAAUGGCAUAUGUGAAGAUUAUAUAACCGAAAAAUAUUGGCGUCCUUUGAUAGCUGGAGUUGUACCCAUUUAUUUUGGAUCACCAACUAUACGGGAUUGGGAGCCCCACAAUCGCUCUGCAAUUUACAUCUCUGACUUCGAAGGUCCAAAAGAGUUGGCCAAGUAUAUACUAGAAUUGGAUCGUAAUGAUACUGAAUAUGUUAAAUAUUUGCGGCACAAAUACAAUCAAAUUAAUCCCGUAACCAAUGAACGUCUGUCUGAUGAAAUGUUUUUGCGCACAGAAACUGUGGAUUUAUUUGCCAAUUUGGAAUGUCAAGUACUGGAAGCAAUGUGGGCACAGACGCCAAAAUCGAAAAUGGCCAAUCGCCUUCAUUAUAAUUGCCCGCUGCCAAUACCCUAUCCAGCAAUGGAAAGCCAGCAGCUAGAAAUAAAUUUUUGGAAAGAUAUUAUAUUGAAAUCAUCUUGCUUAUCGAAAGCUCUAAAUGAGUUGCUACAUAUAAAUCGUAAUUUCACACAAAAAGAAUUGGAUCAAUUGACAGAUUACAAGGCGAAAAAUGAGUUGUGCUAAUAGGCGCUAUUAAAUGUUGCCGUUUGCAGUAAAUUGAAUGUAAAUACUGUACAGAAAUUCUUUGUUCAAACUUAUGUAUUUAAACCUGAAUAAUUUGUGAUACCGAGCGCCAUUGUAUUUGAAAUUUUAUUUAAAUAUUUUACAAAUGUUUACCAUGACUAAAUGGACUGUAAAUUAAUGCAUGUACAUACUUAUAUACUAUUUUGUUUAUUUAGUGCAGUGUACCUCAGCAGAAAUACACCGCCUAACAAUAGAUUUGAAA